CUUUUAAUUCGUUUUAAGUGUGAAAUAAGAUAAGAUAUCUGAAGCCGAAGGCAGGCUAAAGAUUUUAGUUCAAACCUAAUUUCAUUUCUGCAUUUUUAGUCGUAGAAGUCGUUCGUGCGCCCUCAAUUUCCAAAGAUGACCAUCACUAAGAGCUCCGAGUACGUCUCACCCUGGACUCUCUGCAAUCACCUGUCAAAAUACGUGGACCUAAUAAUCCCCUCCCCCACUCCAGAAACUACCGUCCUCUUUCUAAACUCCCCCAACUUCGAUUUCAUCGCUGAAGUGUUGAAACUUGGGGUCAAAGUUCACGUCGUGGAACAGGACAAAGAAAUCGGCGAGAAACUGAUUGCCUUUUUCCAAGAAGGUCCGAAUGCGUUAGCUGCAAGCAACGGCGAAGUGUCGACAUACUACUCGGCCGACAAGCGACUAAGUCUAUACAAUCUUCAUUUCCGAUCAUAUCAUACAGGUGAUGUGAAAUUUGACGCCGUCUUUGAUAUCGGGUUGUUGCCAACGCUUCCCGACAUCCGCGAAGCACGAAGAGCUUUCGGCGAGAAACUGAUUUCAGUCUGUGCCGAAAACGCGAAAAUGGUGUUUUUCGUCGUAGAAAACAUGAAAGGAAUUACGAAUGGUAACAUAAGAGAACUGUCGGUGAUUGAGAUCAAUUUCGCGUACGGGAGAAACUUUUUCGUAAAAAAAGACAUCGAAGUCGAAAAUCCUGUUGGUUACACAGAAAUUCUAUACACGGCUAACAAAACAGCAAGAGGGGGCGAAUUUUACGACGCCAAAUACUCUAAAGGCUAUUCACCCUGGCAUAUGGACAGUGUGAACUACAAUUUGCUCAAGCAUUACCCGAAUAUUCAACCCGCGGGCGAACCGCUGAGGAAAAUUUUGGUCCCAAUGGCCGGAAAAACAGUGGACAUAAAAUGGCUGGCGGAUAAAGGCCAUGAAGUUGUAGCGGUCGAGAUUUCUCAAAGCGCGUGUCGCGAAGUCUUCCAACGUGAUGACAUUCCGUUUGAAGAGCUCGAUUGUCCAGCUGUGAAGGGAAAAUUGUUCAGAAGUUUGGACGGAAAGAUCAAAAUGUACUGUUGUGAUAUAUUUAAUUUCACGGCUGAAAUUGAAGGUCAGUUCAAAAGCGUGUGGGAGAGAGGGGCGGUCAUUGCAUUUGAGGAAGACUUGAGAAAGAAAUAUUUCGAGCACGUGAAAACUUUGGUGACUGUCGGCUGUGCUUGGAUGAGUUCUAUCUUCCAGUAUGACCGAAACGUGUAUUACAACCACCCCUAUUGCGUCAACCACGAUGAGAUCAUGUCCGUAUAUGGAGAAGACGAGUUCAAAGUGACGUCACUAGACGAGACUGUGUUUCCGGCCGACCGAAAAUACACCGAAGAAGAGUCCAAAAAUGUGAUGGUGAAGUUACUUCAGAGAAACCAGUUGAAAACGGUCUCCGAUCGAGUCUAUUUGUUCACUAAACUGUAAAUAGUGCCUAAGUUAUCUAGUGCAUUAUGAAUAUUAAAAAUAAAAAAAUCGGGUCUAAAGUUUAAAAAUUGUCAUAUUCGCGUGUUUUAAUUUUUGUAACCGAAGUGUAUGUAGUAAAGCAUUCAUAUUUCGAUGCUAAAGCCUUUUUAUUGUCCUUUUAAUUCUAUUUUAUUUGAUGCCACGUGUUGAUGGAUUGCCGCAAAAGUAUUUUUUGGUAUGUGAAUUGAACUUUUCGUAGUCA